GAAAGAACACACUGCGUACAGAUUUAUGCUUUACUGCCCCUCUGCUUCAUUUACUCAAAAAAGCAGUAGAGUCAAAAAGACAAAGCGCUUGAUUUCUACAUAUAUCGUCCACGAAUUGUUCUCCCCACUGUAACUUUGAACCAGAGCGGGUCAGAGAGAGAGAGAGCGACUCGACUUUCUGAGCGCGUGGGUGACAACCUUCGAUUUUAUCCUUUUGGCACAACCACUGGGAAAACCAGUGGCAUUUCCUCAGAAUAAUACACCAAACAAUUUUAUUCCGUAUGUUCAUUAAGUUUUGGGCUUCUGAGGAAAUCCUUCAACCAGAACCGGUGAGUUUUAAAGUGCGUUCCCUGCCUGUCGAUCGCGUUUGAUUACGGCAAGCAGUGACAAGUUUGAUUCAGGCUUUUGAAGUCUAAUAAUCGCGGCGUGCAGUCUGAUGUCUACCGGGACCUCCACAACACCGAGCUGCCGCAAUGUCAACCGGAGCAGGAAAGAGACUAGAAGCCCGGGUGAGAAAGUUGGAGUCACUGAUCAAGGACCAACGAUCAGUGUUGAAUUUGGAGAGUUUACUGGAUUCAGUAACUGCUCUGGCCCUUGAUCUGAACCAUCCCGCACUGAGAAAGAACAAAAACAUAGAUGCCUUUUUAAACCGAUAUGAAAAGGAUGUGGGCCACCUCAGGGAAUUGCAGGUUAAGAUGGAUGAUUUUGAAAGAGUCAAGCUGAUUGGUCGUGGAGCUUUUGGCGCAGUGCAGCUGGUACGACAUAAAGCCUCUCAGCAAGUGUAUGCCAUGAAGCAGCUCAGUAAGUUUGAGAUGAUCAAACGCUCUGACUCCGCCUUCUUUUGGGAGGAGCGUGACAUCAUGGCAUUCUCUAAGAGUCCUUGGAUAGUGCAGCUGUGCUGUGCAUUCCAAGAUGAGAAGUACCUCUAUUUGGUGAUGGAGUUUAUGCCUGGUGGAGACCUGGUGAGUCUGACCAGCAACUAUGACAUCCCAGAAGAGUGGGCUAGAUUCUACACGGCAGAAGUGGUGCUUGCACUGGACGCUAUCCAUUCUCUGGGCUUCAUCCAUAGAGACAUCAAACCAGACAACAUGCUGCUAGACCGCAACGGGCACCUUAAACUCGCUGACUUUGGAACAUGCAUGAAGAUGGACUCGACUGGUAUGGUCCGCUGUGACACUGCUGUUGGGACUCCUGAUUACAUUUCACCGGAGGUUCUGAUGUCACAAGGAGGGACUGGUUACUAUGGCCGCGAGUGUGACUGGUGGUCUGUGGGUGUUUUCAUAUAUGAGCUGCUAGUUGGUGACACACCAUUUUAUGCCGAGUCCCUGGUGGGCACCUACGGAAAGAUCAUGGAUCAUAAAAACAGCUUAACUUUUCCAAAUGACAUUGAAAUGUCUAAGGAUGCCGAAGACCUCAUCUGUGCCUUUCUGACUGACAGGGAGGUGAGGCUUGGCCGAAAUGGAGUGGAUGAAAUAAAAUGUCACCCCUUCUUCAAGAAUGACCAGUGGACCUUUGACACCAUACGAGACACCAUGGCUCCAGUGGUGCCAGAGCUAAGCAGUGAUAUUGACACCAGUAACUUUGAUGAUGAUAUAAAGGAUGAUCCAGGAGGCACCGAGACCUUCCCUCCUCCCCGUGCCUUUGCUGGAAAUCAGCUUCCGUUUGUGGGCUUCACCUAUUUCAGGGAGGACCAGCUGUUAACUCACAAACAUAACGGUUCAGAGAAGGAGUAUGAGAUCUGCGGUGAUAGUCUAAUAGAAGAGCAUGGUUUAAACCAAUCUGAGUCCAAUGAUCUGCAAAGGAAGCUGAUUAAGUUGGAGGGAAAAAUUAAACAUGAGAUGCAGGCAAAGGAGGAACUGGAAAAUAAAUGCCGAACAGCAAAUCAGCGACUAGAGAAGUUGUCCAAAGAGCUUGAAGAAGAAAUGAAUGUCAGACAGAAGGUGGAAGACUCUCUGAGGGCAUUGGAGAGAGAGAAAGCUUUGCUAAAACACCAGCGCACAGAGAGUAUAAGAAAGGCUGGUCUGGAGACAGACAGAAAGCUUGUUCUUGAGAAUGAGGUGGUUAGCCUGAGAGAACAGCUAGCCGAGCUGAAGAAGAAGAACCAGAAUUCUCAUCUCUCCACUGAGAAGAACAUUCAUCUUGAGAGGCAGUUGGAGGAUGUGAAUGCUAAGCUUCAGGCUGAGGUGGAGGAGUCGGAGAGGCUGAAGAAGGCCCAGGGUGAGGCAUUGAGACAGACCCAGCAGCUGGAGGUCUCCCUCAGGGAGCUUCAGGAGCGUCUAGCCCAGCUGGAGAGCAGUAGGCUAGGUCUGGAACAGGACAAACUGAGCCUGCAAACCUCACUGGAGGUGGAGAAGCGAGAGAGAAAUCUCGGCUCUGAGACCAUCAAUGACCUACAGAGUCUUGUCUGUGGACUGGAGGAAGAGUUAAAGCACAUGAAGAAUUCUCUCUUAAAGACUGAAGCAGAGAAAAGACAGUUACAGGAGGAUCUUACUGCCAUGGAAAAGGAGAAGAGCAAGCAGGAGAUUGAUCUCUCCUUUAAACUGAAAGCCGUUCAGCAGAGUCUGGAGCAGGAAGAAGCGGAGCAUAAAUCCACAAAAGCCAGAUUGGCCGACAACAACAAAAUCAACCAGUCCAUCGAGGAGGCUAAGUCUGAGGCCCUCGAAGAUAUGGAGCGUAAGCUGCUGGAAGAACGAUCUGCAAAGCAACAGUUGGAAAGCAGACUGAUGCAGCUGGAGAAGGAAAACUCAGUAUUAGACUGUGAUUACAAACAAGCCAAACAUGAGCUUCUGGAGCUCCGCUCACUCAAAGGAAAACUCACUGAGGAGGUGGAGUUGUUGAGUGUGCGAGUGCAGCAGGAGACUCAAAGGAAGACUCUUUGUGAGUCUGAUCUGAAAGUGCAGAGGCAGGAGAUCAGCACCCUGCUCUCCUCUGAGAAACAACUCAAACAAGAACUAAACCAUCUGCUGGAGCUGAAACUCAAUCUGGAAAAACACAAUCAGGAGCUGCGCAGGGAGAGAGAAGAAAUGGAUGUACAACUAAAAGAGUUGAAGGACCAGUUGGAGGCAGAACAAUACUUCACAAAACUGUAUAAGACUCAGAUUCGAGAGCUGAAGGAGGAGAGCGAUGAAAAGACUAAACUCUACAAAGAUGCUCAGCAGAGACUGCAGGACCUGCAGGAAGAGAGGGACUCGUUAGCAGCACAGUUGGAGAAGAGUCUGACAAAGGCGGACUCUGAGCAGCUGGCGCGCUCCAUUGCUGAGGAGCAGUACUCCGACCUGGAGAAAGAAAAGAUCAUGAAGGAGCUGGAGAUCAAAGACAUGAUUGCCAGACAUCGGCAGGACCUCAGCGAGAAGGACAAUACCAUCAGCUUGCUGGAGGAGUCUAACCGCACACUAACUGCGGAUGUUGGCAACCUGGCCAGUGAGAAAGGGGAGCUCAACAACCAGCUUAAACAUCUACAGCAAAAGUUGGAGAGGGCCAGAGAAGAAGAAAAACAGAUGAACGCUUUGAAGCUGUCCUAUGAGAAGCAGAUCCAGACUGAGAGAACCCUCAAGAUACAGGCUGUAAACAAGCUGGCAGAGGUUAUGAAGAAGACGGGUGACAGGCCACGGCAAGGCAACUACACUGACAUCCGCAGGAAGGAGAAAGAGAACAGACAGCUGCAGUUGCAGCUACGCACUGAGAAAGAAAAACUCAACACUGCUAUGAUCAAAUACCAGAAAGAACUCAAUGAUAUGCAGGCUUUGAUUGCAGAAGAGUCUCAGGUGCGACUGGAGCUGCAGAUGGCUCUGGACAGUAAAGACAGUGAUAUUGAGCGUCUGCGCUGUCAGCUCACCUCUCUCAGCAUCCACUCUCUGGACACCACCAGCAUCAGCAGUACUGGCAAUGACCUGGAGCCAGACGACAAUUAUCCAGAUGCUAGUCUAGAGGGAUGGCUCUCAAUGCCUACCAAGAACACCAAAAGAUUUGGCUGGGAAAAGAAGUAUGUGGUGGUAAGCAGCAAGAAGAUCUUGUUUUAUGAGUCCGAGCAGGACAGAGAGCAAUCCAGCCCCUUCAUGAUUCUAGACAUUGACAAACUCUUUCACGUAAGACCUGUCACUCAGACAGAUGUGUACCGCGCAGACCCCAGAGAAAUCCCAUGCAUUUUCCAGAUACUAUAUGCUAAUGAGGGAGAGAGCAAGAAAGAGGAAGUUGCUGUGGAACCAUUAUCGGCAGCUGAAAGGUCGUCGUUUAUCCCACACAAAGGUCAUGAGUUUGUGCACACGCUCUACCACUUUCCCUCCAGCUGCGAAGCCUGUCCAAGGCCUCUGUGGAACGUCUUCAGGCCACCACCAGCCUUGGAGUGCAGGCGCUGCCGGGUCAAAUGCCAUAAAGAUCACAUCGAUCGAAAGGAAGAGGUCCUUGCUCCUUGCAGAGUAAAUUAUGACAUGUCCACAGCAAAAGAGCUGCUGCUGCUGGCCAACUCCACACAAGAGCAGCAGAAAUGGGUCAACCGCUUGCUCAAGCAGGUCCCACGAAAACCUGUAGCCCACACCGCAAUUUUAGCUAUAUCUCCUUCCCCCUCCGAGGGAUCUCCACCCGCAUUGUCCCCUCAACCCUCUCCUCACCUGUCCACCCGUUCCUCCCCCAGGAUGCCCCACAGAGGAGCCAUCAAAGUGCAUUCCACCCGACAGCAGCACUCACCCAAGACCAGCCCUGGCCCCAUGCUCCGUAUCAUUCUUCACUGACCUGUUCACCUUUGACCUUUCACCUUUCCCCAUUGUUCAUAUGUGUGGACAUUAACCUUGGUAAAGUCCGGAUAGGUGAUAAUCCAUCUGGGAACAAUUACAUCACAGAAGAGAAUGACAUACUGUUCAUUUUGGAAAGUGGCAGGACUUCCAAGAGCCUAACAAGUUUAAAUGACUGAGGGGCCUUAUAUUUAAUACUGCACGAGCCAUAUAUCACCUAAAGGGUGUAGUUUAAAUUUUAAGUCAUUAGAGUGUUUUGUCUUCCUAGACAUCACAUUCUUUAUAGUCAUUUUUUAAAAAGUAAAAGCAUUUGAAUAAUUAGAGGUUAUUUUUUUAAUCUGUACAAGCUUGUCAGUAAGUGUGGGUGCCUUUGUGUAUGUGUGUGAGCCAAUGUGUGUGUUUGAAGCUGAAUAUAUAUUUUGGCUCCACAAUUAUAUGAUAAUCAAGUAUUAUAUCUAUUUUUGUUUGACAAUUAAAAUAUCUAAUGGCACAAAUUAUUUUUUUCAUGCAUUAUAUCAAAGAAUACUUUAUUCAGGGGGCCUAGGUAGCUCAGGAAGUAAAGAUGCUGACUACCACAUCCAGAGUCGCAAGUUCAAGUCCAGGGCGUACUGAGUGACUCCAGUCAGGUCUCCUAAGCAACCAAUUGGCCCAGUUGCUAGAGUGGGUAGAGUCACAUUGGGUUAACCUCCUCGUGGUCGCUAUAAUGUGGUUCUCACUCUCGGUGGGGCACGUGGUGAGUUGUGCGUGGAUGCCGCGGAGAAUAGCGUGAAGCCUCCACGCGCACUAUGUCUCUGCGGUAAUGCGCUCAACAAGCCAUGUGAUAAAAUGCGCAGAUUGACGGUCUCAGAUGCAGAGGCAACUGAGAUUCGUCCUCCACCACCCGGAUUGAGGUGAGUCACUACACCACCACGAGGACCUUGAGCACAUUGGGAAUUGGGCAUUCCAAAUUGGGGAGCCAUUAGAAAGCAUGAAUUAAUUAUGUUUGCCAGAAGUAUCUGCUCAAAAUAUAUGCAUUCAAGACAUAUUAUUGAUAUGACAUGAUGCAAAAAUGUAAUCCAUAUCACAUUUUAGCAUUUUAUUAUAUGCUGACACAAUAAAAGACUUUGAUAUUUUUGCAUAGUGGAAUAAAAAGACCUCCAAACCAUUUUCUAUAAUUUAUCUUAGUACAACAUACACAUAAUUGCCAUUGACAAACUGUUGAGACAUGUUGUGAAAUUGUUAAUAAAAGUUUUAUUU